GCCGCGACGACAACGGUUGGGUCCAGUGGGUCCACUUCCGCCACCAAGAAACCUAGGCUCGUGCCUUCCCAAACCACAACCACUUCUCACACUUCCACGUCUAAUAACACCACCACUCCUCCUCGUACGUUUGCAGCUCUCAUUCACAAACAGAAAAACAUAUUCAUAGAAAGCAUAUUUCAGUUAAGAAAGGACUCGCAAAGUUGGUUAUUCAUGGAAGAGACAGCACAACAAAUGAAGCGUCCAUUUGGAAUUCCUGAAAAGCCAGAAUUCACUGUUGGGUUGGAUGAAGCAUUGAAGAAGUUGAAAAUGAAUGUUCUGAGCGAAGGUGUGUCCGUAAUGGUUUUGACCGGUGUGGGAGGAUCGGGGAAAACCACUCUGGCCACAAUGCUCUGUUGGGAUGAACAAGUCAUAGGUAAAUUCAAGGAAAAUAUUUUAUUUGUCACCUUCUCAAAAGCGCCCGAGUUGAAAAUUAUUGUAGAAAGACUAUCGGAACACUUAGGAUAUCAGAAACAUCUACAGACCUUAAAAUUUUCUUGCAUUGAUGGUGAUCAGACAUUGUUGUUGCUGGAAAGUAUUAUUCUUGCCAUUCCUUUUGUUAACCAAAGAAUAUAUGUUAGGGCAUGA